CUCUACUCUCUUCUUUCUCUUCUCUUUUGGCUGAGAGUUUCAGAGCUCCACCGCCAUUGCUGAUCUUGAGCUCCUCCUUCUGCUUGGGUUCUUAUAGCAUCGGAGAAGCAAGUAAAAAGGAGGGAAACAAAGCAUGUUGCUUGGAAAGAGACCUCGGCCUCCGAUGCGGCGGACGACGAGUAUGACCGAGUUCAUCCCUGAUGUUGGAGUCAUUGAAACGACAAAGCCUCAGGCUGAGCAAAACCAGAGAACGGCUGCGCCGGUGGAUGUCCCCGAGUGGCUUACCUCGAGGUAUGUGGCGGCGGUGGCCACGCCCAGAGCCGGGCACCGGAGGAAUUCUGCGGAUUUCUCUGUUGUUGAUACUGCGCCUUUUCUCAAGGCUUGUGGUCUUUGCAAGCGUAGGCUUGGGCCUGGUAGAGAUAUCUUCAUGUAUAGGGGUGAGAUGGCCUUCUGCAGUCUGGAAUGCAGGCAACAGCAGAUGAACUAUGAUGAACGGAAAGAAAAGUGCUCAUUGUCAUCGAUGAAGAAAGACACUCCGUCGGUGUCCACCGGAACUGAUUCCUCUGGCAGUGGUGAAACUGUUGCAGCAGCUUGAAAAUCAAGGGAGUAGAGAUCUUCUCCGACGUCAUUUAAACAAGACCGAAGAAGCACUAUAUAUAUUAUUUGUAAGGCCUGAAUGCAAGCCACAAUAGACUUUACAGCAUCAAUGAAGAUUAGCAAUCAGAAUUAUGUAAUGCAAGCUUGAUGCUUCUCUACUUCCUUAUCCUAUCCUUUUUGUUCUUGAUGAUGAGAAGAAAUGAGAAGAAUUGCAAGAUGUGAUGAUACUUUAAACA